AUGCACUCGCGCGCUCCACUCGCACCAAUCGGCGGCGUUUUCUCGACUUUGCUAGAAAAAAAUGACUUUAUUUUGAACAAUUAUGAUUUGUGGAUAGGAUUUUUACUAGACCGGGGAAUUUUCGGGACUAUAACAAAACAGCGCCACGUAGAAAACGAAUACAGGCGCGUCGGGGAUCUCAAAGUUCACAAACGAUCUCACACCGGCGAAAAGCCAUACAAGUGUACCAAAUGUGGAAAGGCGUUCAGUAAUUAUAGUGAUCAAGCCAAACACCAAAAUCAAACCCAUUCAAAUGUGAAGGGUUUCAAGUGUCAAUAUGAAGGAUGUCCGAAGGCUUACACCGAUCGAGGAAGCCUCCGCAAGCACUUUAGAGGGAGUCACGGUGAUAAGAUGAAUGAAAAGAAAAAGAAAAUGAACAAGUUAAUGGAAGCUGGUAAACGAUGGCCGAAAAAGAGCAAGAAGGGUUGUGGCUCAAAAUAUCGUGAAAGCAACAUCAGGCCUGGCUCUGGAGGGCGAGAAGGUGAGACGAGUGCGAAAAAUGGAAACGAGAAGCCGAUCAGUGGGCUUCGGCUCAACGUUGAAGGAUAUCUCACUGCUGCUGCAGAAUUGGGAGAAAUCGCAGAAUCGGAAGCAAUUGAGCUGGGACUUCCAGAAGGGAGGCGUGAAGGCAAUCAAAUCUACAGAAGUGCCAACUUCGGGCCGCUUUAUGAACAAACUGGACGCAUGCGGGUUGCUGGCUAUGAAGAAGAUCAAGACAUAGCUGAGGUUGUUAGUGUAAAAUCAAUCAGUGAGCAAGUUCGAGCCAAACACCAAAACGCCCAUUCAGAUGAGAAGCGUUACCUGCGCGGUUAUCAAGGAUGUCCGAAGGCUUACACCGAUGGACAACGAUGGACAAAUGGCCCUGACUCGGCAGGACCUUCAUCGGAAUUGGAA